UAGGCUAGUAUACUGUAGUAUACAGUGGGGCUGGUCUCUUAAAAAAUGGCCGUUGUUUUAGAGGACGAUCCCGCUCCUCCAGUGUCUGAACGCGUACAGUUCUUGGCUAAAAGUAUUUAUGACGAACUCGAAAGUCUGAUAGGUGAACAUGGCCCUGAUAGUAUCGGGAACCUAAUGCCAUUGGUAGUCAAUAUACUAGAAAACUUAGAUUCAGCUCUUUCUGAUAAUCAAGACCAUUUAAAUGCAGUUAUGGAACUGACUGAAGAAAAUCAGCAAUUAGUGUCCAACUAUGAGAAAGAGAAGCAGUACCGGAAAGAGAUUGAAGAGAAAGCAAUUUUGAUGGAAGAUGCUAAUGACAACGAAAUUCGAACCUUGAAAGACCAAAAUGCUACAUUGGUGUUAGAGAACAAGUCUCUUCACAAUAAAUUGAGUAGUCAAACUGAACAAACUGAAAAACUUGAUGAACGUCAUGAGCAGUUGAAAUUGGAAUAUAAAGACCUUCAUGAAAAGAAUUUAGAAUUAAUAAGAAACCUUCAUGGUAGAAAGGACUUCAAUAAAGAUGGUGGUCUAUCAACUGCUGUUAGGAAUCGGGAAGAAUCUAUUACAUCUUAUGACACUCCUGUUGUUCCUGGUUUUCAAGAUUUUACUGUGUCCAAGCAGAAAAAGAAAAGACAGCAACCUAGUAUUCCUGUGAAGGUAGAAGGACUUCUCUCUCCUACAGAUGAAAACUUCAUUGGAAAUACUCCAGCUGUGCACCGUAUUGAUUCACCUGAGUUGGAACAAGGAAGUGAACCAUUACCUUCUACUAUUACUGAUUUAGAACAGGAAAUCAAAGAAAAGGAAGAAGAUGAAACUGAGGAUAUCAUGGACCAGCAAGGCUUUCUUGUAAAUCCUGAUGAUGAUGUUCCUGUUAAUGAACAAUCAUUAUUUGCUGAAAUGGGAGACUCAAAUGCUUUUGAAUUUUCAGGCCUUGAUGACAUAUUGUUGGAGAACAAACAACUUCAUAAUGAAAAGGAAGACUUGUCAAAGCAGCUGGAAGCCCUGAAUAAGAAAGUCAUUGACUUGGAAAUGAAUAAAAAUGAACUGAUUAUUGCAAAAGAGGAUUUUUCUGAGAGAUUAGCCUUAGCUAAUGAUGAAGUUAAGAAACUAAAGAAGGAAAUUCAUGAUAAUAAAGAAGAGCUUAGACAAAUGAGUGAUAAUAUUAAGGUGGGCCAGCCUACUGGCUCUGAAGGCCUUCGCAUUAGCAGAUUAGAGAUUGCUAAAGUUUUACGAGAGAGAAAUGAAUGGAAGGAAAAAUACUUCUCCUUGUUGGAGCAAGUUAGAAUGAAUGAUGAACUUUAUUUGUUUAAACGGAAGGACAAGAAGUCUCGAUGGGUUGACUACUUUACAGCACUUUUUAGUUCAACAAGGAGGAGACAGCUUGAACAGUCGUUAAUAGAAAGCUCCCCUCAUAGGCCUAUUCUUGCAGCAGGCACUGUAUCUACUAAUGAGGGUGGUGAUAUUCUCACUCAGGAAGACUUACCUGUAUAUGAUGGUGCUGGUUAUGCUAAAACUAAAGUUAUUCCUACGUUAAAGAGAGUUGGAAAGAAGGAAGAUGAGGUUUAUUUGACUUCAGUUAGUUGGGUUAUUCCAAAUAUGCCUGACAUGUCUCCUUCUGGUUCACCAGUUCCUCCUCUAAUACAUGCAUCUCCUAAUAUUAAUACGUGUAGACCCAUGAGCUUUCAAGAUGAAGGAGCAAAAAUACUAUGUGCAACAGCUGUCAAUAAUGCUUCAUUCUUGAAAGAUUGUUCUAAUGCUCUCUCUGUUCCUAAAAACACUGAGUUUUCCACUUCAGAAGAUAGCAGUAUGAGCCUUGUUUGGAUUUGCACUGGGACUAGUGACCUCACAAAGGUAAGUGUCCUAGACACUGCUGCUGUUGGAGAAGUUUUGGAAACUUUUGCUGUGUGCAGUACACCUAUUGUUUGCAUGUCAGCUAUCCCUUCGUUUGAUGAUAAAGAUCCUGAUGUUCUUUCUAGUUUGUCCACGAAAGUAAAAAAAUCAACAGGACAAACUGGCUCUAAGGAAAGACCUUCUUCUCAGUAUGCUACUAUUUGGAUGGGAUCAGAAUCUGGAGUUUUAUAUGUACAUUCUGCUUUGUCACAAUGGAAGAAAUGUUUGCAUGCUGAUAGGCUUCCUGCUGGUAUUCAGGGCAUUGUGCAUUCUAAAGGAAAGGUGUUUCUUUUGCUUCAAAAUGCCACUUUAGCUGUUUUUAUGAGAUAUUCAGAUGGUGAAUGGGAUUGGGAUAAUUAUGAAUUGGUUCCUAUUGCUCAGAAAAAGAACUUGCCUGUAACUGCAUUGGCUACAGUUAAAUAUAAUGUAUGGUGUGCAAUUGGCAACACCAUUCAUGUGUUACAUUCACAUUCACUUCGAAAUGAGGCUAACUUUACUGUUCAUUCAUGGAAGAAUGCUGAAGUACAGCAACUAUUAUCUGUUGGUGAGGGUGUUUGGGUUGUUUUUAAACGGGAUUCUGUCUUGCGGCUUUUUAAUGCAACCUCUUUUACGCAUAUGCAGGAUUUAGAUAUUGCUCCAUCAGUUCACAAAAUUAUAGUAUUUGGUUCUGAGAAAAUGUCAAAUGUCAUGCCUGUACCAGUGUCUUGUGUGGUAGCAGCACAAAACUCUUUAUGGAUUGGGACUGAGAACGGAAUAAUUUUAAACUUUCCAUUCAGUCGUCCUACCAUAGUAGCAGAAGAAAGUGGUUGGGAAGUGAUUAAGGUAGUUUGGUGCUCUUUGUUGCGCAUGUGCAAUGUGACAGUAGUAGUAGCGCACGUGGUCGGUGUUUAGCAAACAGUAACUUGAUGGUAGACUUGAGCAAAGACCAUCCUAAACAGGCUCCUAAAAGCAGAGGGCAGCAGUAGAGAUGAACUUGGAGGGCACAGACAGCCAAGAGAAGCAUCGUCAAGUCCUUUGAGAGCCUCUAGAGUGUGUGAGCGCUUGCUGCUACAGAACAUGUGACUGGGCGGUAUGCAGUACUUUCUUGAUGUUUAGUGCAGUGAAGAGUAAUGAAGAGUAGUGACGUAAAAUAACUACCUACAAACUACCUGUGAAGUUGUCUUCUUCACUGUGCUCUACAUUUGCUACUUAGCUUUUUUAAAGUACUCUACUGUAUACAGAUACUUUUAUUCUACAAAUUGAUAUAUCGUCAGUUUUUGUAAGUAUUUUUGUCGCAACUAAUGGAAACCUUAUCUUUACUGUUGCAACAAUUCCCCUCCGGUAGCUUGGUUUUGUAAUGGUAGGUCACAUUUUAAUAAUUGUAAAAGACUAAUGCUUAAUGCAUUUAAGAAAUCACAAGUUAUAAUUUCAAAUUAAAAUAUAAUGACUAGAACAGAAAUAUUUCUUAUAGUUUAUAAUUUAAUACUGUAUACCAUACAAGGUGAUUUAUUUGUGGGAUGAAUAUUUGGCAAAUUUGCCUGUGAAGACAAAAUUGUGGAUUUUAUAUUGGCAGUUUCUUCAUAAAACCAUCAAUUGCCAAUAGUAAUUCUGCACCAAUAAAUCUUUUAUGGUGGAAGAAAAUUUUGGAGGUAGUGAAAUUUGAUAAAUUUGGUGUUUUGAUAGCCCUUUGCCAAUAUAGAAAUCCACCUUUUUAGCCAUUAUACGCAUCCUCAAAGGCACAUAGCCACAAAUUUGCCAAAUUAAAAUUCGCCAAUCACUAAAG